AGCGCGCCUGGAAUCCGGAAGUGAAUCAGGGAGCAGCAGCAGUUGUGGGCGUGGCACCCCACGGUCACGUGAUAACCAGGAAAGGAGUUUCCUCGCUCUCCCCCAGCUGACGUAGUUGCCUGUCAGGGCUGUGAUUGUGGGGAAGUGUAUGGAGCCCUGCCGGGGGCCGCUUUAAGCUACGGCGGAGGUCGCACCGGGGCUAACGUUGAUGGAACGAGAGGUCACGUGCUGCUUUUAAAGGAGAAGAAGCCGAGAGUGAGUGUGCAACGGCUCAGUGAGACCCUGCCAGCGGUGGAAGUAGAGAGACUUGGCAGACGUCUAUAUCUUGGAUGUGGACCCCGUUAUAUACCUGGUGAGGAGGCAUCUAUCCUAGAGUCAGGUGGGCCAGCUGCUCUUGUAAGUGACUCUAUGAGGUUCAUCCUAAAUACUGGAGGAGGUGCUGAGACUUAUGGUGCCCGCUCUUGGGCGUUUGACCUUACUUCUGGAGAGUAACUGCGAGGAAGACGUUGUGUGCCAUGCACAAUGCAGUAUUCCCUGUUCCUGUUGUUUGGUUACGUGUUGUCCGUCACCUCUACAAAGUCCUUAUGGGAUAAUCGGUCGACUUCACCCCGAGCAGCACCCAGCUCGCCUUUCCCACCCAGCUCGCCUUUCCCACCCGGCUUAUCCUCACCCGGUUAUCUCCAGAUUGGCGAUGGGUGUUGCCUACAGUUUGACUUCCCAGAACACACUAAAGGAGUCAUUGUGAUCAGCACGGGCACCGCCGCCCACACCUCGGAGCUCAGCGUACGUUCCCUGGACACCACCAUCCUCCAGGUCCUGAACGUCAGCCGCGACCCGGAGGGAUUGCCGGAUAAGUUCCUGGCGCACAUCUGGUCGGGGAUGCCCGGCACGGCCCCCCUACAGCUGAAACUGAAGCUUCUGGAGUCUGUGCUGGAAGAACGAGACGACUUCUCCAUCAACGUGGUUCCAGAUGCCGACACUCAGGACAUGGGGGGCUUCGCGGCCAGUCACUUCUCUGAGAGCCCGGUGCUGUUCGCGCUCCUGCCCCUCCUCUUCAUCAACAAAUGUGCCUUCGGAUGUAAAGUGGACCUCGAGAUCCUGAAAAGCCUAACCAAGCGCCCCUACCCGGUCCUGCUGGGCAUCGUGGGGCAGUUUGUUCUGAUGCCGCUCUAUGCCUACCUCCUGUCCUUGGUGUUGGGACUGUCUCAGCCCUUGGCGUUAGGACUGGUGGUCACCUGCUCCUCUCCUGGCGGCGGCGGUGGAUACCUGUACAGCCUCUUGCUGGGCGGAGACGUGACUUUGGCCAUAUCCAUGACCUUGGUGUCCACCGUGGCGGCCGUGGGCCUGAUGCCGCUCUCCUCCUCACUGUAUGGACGUUUCCUGGGCGUCCACCAUACGUUGCACAUUCCUUUUCUCAAGAUCUUCGCCACCUUGCUUUUCAUAGCCGUGCCAAUUUCCACGGGCAUGGUGAUCAAGUGGCGCUUCCCUCAAGUGUCCAAGCUCCUCCUGCUGGUGAUCAAGCCUUUCAGCGUUGUGUUAAUGGUGGGAGGUCUCUUCAUGGCCUAUCAGAUGGGCUCGUCCCUGCUGAGCCAAGUGCCCUCCAUACUGGUGGUGGCCGGGGUCAGCGUGCCACUGGUGGGCCUCAUGACCGGCUACUUGCUGGCUUACUUGUUGCGCAUACCCAUGGCCCAGCGACGGACGGUCAGCAUUGAGGUGGGGGUGCAGAACAGUCUCCUAGCCCUGGCCGUACUCCAGCUCUCCUUUCACCGCGUUGAGGCCGACCUCUCAUCUCAGGCGCCAUUUUUGGUGGCCCUAAGCGGGACCUCGGAGAUGUUGCUAAUAGUUCUAUUACAUUUUGCCUACAGAAAAUUUAAAGACAAUACCUGAGGUGCCAUGUUGCCUGUCGGCGGGUUUCCGAUAACAAGUUUACAUGCUGCAAGCUUUGUUUUUGUUUUUUUUGUUAUUUAUAAUCUGUAAUUCCCCCAGGUUGUGACGUCCAGCCUAGGGUGCCUCCAGCUGUUGCAAAACUGCAACUGCCAGCAUGCCCGGACAGCCAAAGGCUGUCCGGGCAUGCUGGGAGUUGUAGUUUUCAACAGUUGGAGGCACCCUGUUUGGGAAGCAGUGGUCUAGCUGCUGCAAAACUACAACUCUUAUCAUUGCUGACUGCCAGGGAAUGAUGGGAGGUGUAGUUCUUCAACAGCUGAAGAGGCACAGAUCGGCAAUCACCAUAUCUCGGCUCUCUAGCUGUUAUAUGACUGUCAGGGCAUUCUGGGAGUUGUAGUUUUACAACAGCUAGAGAGUCCCAGAUUGGGGAACAUUAAUAUUCCUAUAUUCCUUCCAUAGGUUUGGUAACAUAUCUCCGCACCCUUGAGUUUUAGUAAAAUUUCCAAUAAAGAAGCAAGGGAGGGUGUAAGUCAUUUUAGACCAGUGUUUCCAAACAGUGUGUCUCCAGCUGUCAAAAACUACAACUCCCAGCAUGCUGGGAGUUGUACUUUUGCAACAGCUGGAGUCACACUGUUUGGGGAAAACACUGCCUUAGAACAGUGUUUCCCAACCAGGUUGCCCCCAGCUUUUGGGAAACAACAACUCCCAGCCUUCGGCUGUCCGGGCAUGCUGGGGGUUGUUGUUUUGCAACAGCUGGAGACACCCUGGUUAGGAAACGCUGCCUUAGACAUUCCAUUGAACUUGCAAGACAACUUAAAGACAUUCCACCACCUGCGGCAGACAGCUUUAAAUUCCUGGUGCCUAUGGCUCUAUAAAUUUGCGUUAGUUAACCCUUAUGUUGCCAUUCCGCCAUUCUCCGCGCAAAAAAAAAAAGCCAAAGCCGUGUUGUUCAAUGCGCUUCAUGGGGGGGUUAGGAGAUGGUUAUUAUUUUAUUUUUUUUAUAUAUACAAUGUUUUGUAAUGUAUGCAGGGUACGAUUUUAUUUUCUUUUUCCUUGUAAAAUUAAAGAGAUUGAAAGCCUA